AUGUCUUCAAUUCAACAAGCAUCAAAAUCUUUUAGAAAAAUUCAAGGAAUUCAAUACUCUCAUACUUCACAUAAUUUGAAUCAAAUACAACCAAACCGUUCUGUUCCUAAUCUUGUAUAUCAAGAUAUGUUUCAUACAAAUAUUCCACAACAACUCCAUCGACAGAAAUAUCACCUUGUUGAUUCUAUUAAAACUAAAUCUCUUGAUGUUACAAGCUGUAAUGAUUCUGAAUACGAAUUUGAUUCUGUUUCAGAUCCAAAGAAAACAAAUUUUAGUGAAGGUGAUACUGAAUUUAAAAAGGAAUUAAUUCCUGAAGAUGAAGAAUCUAAAACAAUGGAUAAUUUGAAUUCUCUUCCUGACGUUGCUUUUUCAUCAUCAAUGUCUCAUGACUCAUUAUUAGCUGAUGCCAUGGAAACACCAAUGCAAAAACUUCGUCGAGAAGAUGAUUUUGAUAUAGAAUCCUUCAUUAGAAAAUCCUCUUUUUUGACUGAUGAAGAUUGA